UGUCCCUGCCGCGGCAGUAGGAGGAACCGGAGCCGCUGUCGGGGGCUGGUGAUGGGGUCAGUUCUCCCUCGUGUGUGAAUCUCCGUCACCGAGGCGGCCCCGUCGCCGCCCUUAUCCGCCCGGCUGUGUUAGCGCCAAAGCGAUAAAUCUAAGAGGAUUUGAAGAAACCAAACCAACAUGCAAAAUGUUACCUUCAGCUACACUGGCUGGUUGUUUAUUUUGCCCUUGAAGUUGAAAACAGGCAUCUAAAAGGGAUGGUAUUCUUGAUCGAAGACAGUAUAUUUCAGUCCAGGAUUCUACACUGGUGACAAGGACAUGGGACUCCUCCUGCCAUAUUCCAGAUGGUUCAUUACAACUGACAUCUUGGUUGACAACUGUGAAAAGGAACAUUGGAUUACUUUAUUUUAUUUUUGUGGGAGACCACAAUUCCAAAUCUGUAGGAUACAUCAGGUUCCUUAUUUCCUGUAGAAUUUUAAAGUAACCACCUCUAAUGAGGAUGUCUGAUACUGUUACUCUAAAGGAUGAAACUGAUACAAUGAAUGGUUCAGAGGCUGAAUUUAAAGACGCAACCCCAGUUGAAAACCUUAUAAAAUCAAGAAGCCAUGAGCAGAUUGAAGUAGAAAAGGAUGAAAGUUGUACUGAUAACAAAAAUGAUAUGCCGCGGCCAGUGCAAUCUUUUGGACAAACAGGAAAAAGGUCCAAGUCAAAUACAAAGUUAAAGCUAGUUCGGAGCCUUGCUGUGUGUGAAGAAUCUCCACCGCCUCCCACAGCUGAAAUAUCACAGGACAUUCAGGAGAAAAUUCAGAUCCAGUUAACGCAGUCUUUUGAGAAAGAAGAGAAGCCCACAAAAGAUGAAACGGAAAAGGAAAAAUCCAGUGAUAAAUUGUCCAGAAAAAUGUUAUCAAGAGAUUCCAGCCAAGAAUACACAGAUUCAACUGGCAUAGAUCUACAUGAAUUUUUAGUAAAUACACUAAAAAACAAUCCCAGGGACAGAAUGAUGCUGCUGAAAUUAGAACAGGAAAUUUUAGAUUUCAUUGGUAAUAACGAAAUUCCACGCAAAAAGUUUCCCCCCAUGACAUCUUACCAUAGAAUGCUGUUGCACAGAGUAGCUGCUUACUUUGGAUUGGAACAUAAUGUGGACCAGAGUGGGAAGUCAGUGAUAAUAAACAAAACUAGCAAUACGAGAAUACCUGAUCAAAAGUUUUGUGAGCAUAUAAAGGAUGAGAAAUGUGAAGAUUUUCAGAAACGGUACAUCCUUAAAAGAGAUAAUUCUAGUUUAGACAAAGAUGAUAACCAGAUGCGAAUACGCUUAAAAGAUGACAGAAGAAGCAAAUCUAUAGAAGAACGAGAAGAAGAGUACCAGAGAGCUAGAGAACGAAUAUUUGCACAAGAUGCCCUGUGUUCCCAAGAGAAUUAUCUUAUUGACAGAAGAAUCCAAGAGGAGGAAACUAAUAGUACACAGCAAAGGCGGCAGAUAUUUAGAGUCAAUAAAGAAGCUUCAGGGAGAUCAGCCAACAGCCAUCAAAGCAGUACUGAGAAUGAGCUGCAGUACUCUGAACCCCGGCCCUGGAGCAGCACGGACUCUGAUAGUUCCAUCCGCAAUCUGAAGCCAGUUGUAACAAAAGCCAGCAGCUUCAGUGGGAUUUCAGUUCUGACAAGAGGAGAUAGCUCUGGAAGCAGCAAAAGCACAGGCAAGCUGUCUAAGACAGGUUCAGAGUCUUCUAGUAGUGUAGGGUCAUCCACGGGUUCUCUUUCUCACACCCAGCAGCCUCUUCCAGUCACAGCUCUAAGCCAGCCUUCUCAUGGCACACCUGCUGUCUAUCCAACUGUCAGCACUAGUAAAUCUCUUUCCUUUGAUGGUGGCAUAAGUGGGCAAGUGACACCUACUAGCACUAGCUUCUUUUUGCUUCCCUUGGAAGCGGCAGGCAUACCACCUGGCAGUAUUCUGAUCAACCCUCAAACAGGUCAGCCAUUCGUUAAUCCCGAUGGCACUCCUGUUGUGUAUAAUCCUCCUAUGCUUCAGCAACCUGUUAGGACCCAAGUGCCUGGACCGCCACAGCAACCACCUCAGCAGCAACCAGCAGCUAAUCACAUCCUAUCACAGCCUAUCCGGUCUCUGCAGUCUUCUUCACAGCCUGUUCAAUACUCUACAGUCUCUUAUCCACCCCCGCUCCUGCCAGUCUCAUCUACCCAGCAAUAUACUGUGCAAGACAACCUAGGAUCACAAUUUAGCCAUAUGAGUCUUGCCCGCCAGUCAUCUGCUGAUGGUGCUGAUCCACACCCCACCAUGUUCCAGUCUACUGUAGUCCUUCAGCCCCCACAACAGUCUGGCUAUAUUAUAGCAACAACCUCACCUCUGCCACCACCACAAGGCCAACCAGUUCCUAAUCCCAGCUACUCUGCAUCCAGCCAUCCUGUCAACCAGCAAGUGCUGCAGCAACAGGGAUAUAUGCAGCAACCUUUACCACAGAUGCCAGCUUGUUAUUGUGCUCCAGGCCAGUAUCCACACUCCAAUCAACAAUAUCGACCAGUUACUGCUGUCCAUUACAACACACAGCAAAACCCACAACUGCCACAGCCUGCACAGCAGACAGGCUACCAAGUUAUGCCUAACCAGCAGCAAGCCUACCAGGGGUUGGUUGGAGUUCAGCAGUCUCAGAAUCAAAAUCUAGUCAGUAGCCAACACAACAACAUUGGAAAUCAGAUACAGGGUGUGAUUGUUCCUUAUACUUCAGUGCCAUCUUAUCAGGUUUCAGUGCCUCAAGGUUCCCAAGGAAUGCCCCAGCAGACAUAUCAGCAGCCUGUUAUAAUUCCCAGUCAGUCAAAUCAAGGACUGCCCACAACAGGAAUACCCGUUUAUUACAGUGUCAUUCCAUCAGGUCAACAGAAUAAUUUAAGUUCAUCAGUAGGAUAUUUGCAGCCUCCAGGAUCAGAGCCAAUGCAGUUUCCUAGAACAUCUUCCCCAUGCAACUCACAGCAGCUUCAAGGACAACAGUGUACAGCAGUAGCUCCACCACCAGGUGGAGGAGUAGUAAUGAUGCAGCUAAAUAUACCCAACAAUCCUCAGCCUCGAACCCAUUCACCUCCUCAAUGGAAACAAAAUAAAUAUUAUUGUGACCAUCAAAGAGGACAGAAAUCCACCGAGUUUAGCACUUUAGACAGUGCCACACAGUUACAGCAUAGUCCUCAACUAAAUAGUCCUGCCACCUCACCAGCCCAGUCACCAGCACCAAUUCAACUAUCAAACAUGAAAAAUCUCCGUCCCACGUUAACACCUCUUUCUAUUGUGUCCCAAUUUUCUAGAUCUUUUGUCCCUGGACAAGGAGAUGUCAGAUACCCAUUGCUUGGCCAGCCACUGCAAUAUAACCCUCCUCCCUUAUUACAUGGACAUGUAACAGGCCAACAGUGUCAACCUGGACACAGACAUGGAAACAGAGGAAGGAAACCAGCUAAGAAGGCCGCUUCAGCAGAUCUUGGUGCAGGGGAACCAGUUGUUGGAAAAGUCUUAGAAAUUACUGAACUGCCAGAAGGAAUAACUCGUAUGGAAGCUGAAAAACUAUUUGGAGAACUUUUUAAAGUUGGUGCCAAGAUUCGGUGGCUAAGGAAUCCCCAGUGUCUACAGAUGCAACAGCAACACCAACGCCAUUACUGUGGCAGUGGAGAUAGUAAUGUGAACACUGAACCCUCCAAACCUAGUGACUUGGCCUCCACAUAUACAGUUCUAGCUACGUUCCCUACGAUGUCAGCAGCCCAAAAUGCACUGAAGAAACAAAGUAACUCAGCUAACAAGUUUAGGCUGAGAACAAGCAAGAAGCACUAUGAGUUUCAUAUUCUGGAAAGGGCUAGUUCUCAGUAGCAGCUACAUUGUUGGACAUUCAGCCUUUAUUAGUUCCAUGUCAUUCUCUUCUCUACUUGAUUGGCUUGAUGUUACGGGGUUUCUGUUCUCUUCAUAGAGACUCCUGGGAUGUGUUCUCAUAUGACAUUAUAGCCUUGGAAGAAUAACCCAGUGAUCCAGCAAGAAGAAGAAGAAUAGAUAUAAAGUUAAUCCCAGACAACUGUAAGAAUCCAUUCUGACAAGAUAGAGAGGCAGCUUUCUAUGAGGAACGCUGUUAAAAUGCCCCUUACUUUUAUAGUAGUUUUGUUUUAUAUUUCUGAAUUCUUGUAUCAGAUCCAAAUCUCUAUUGUACAGCAAACCACUGUUCAUAAUGAAUACCCAUAUUCAGAUCUGUAUUUUGUAAUCCCUUUUCACAGCCAGCACACAACUAUCCAUUUUAGGGCAGAGGGCUUGGGGUGGAAUGGGGUGAGGGAAGGGAGAAUAACUAUUAAGAAAUUACACUGUUUUUUAGCCAACUACGCAAAAGUCUUCAGUUAACAUAUUUCUCUUCCCGUUUCUUUUUCCAAUAAAGCAGUUUCAGUAACUUUUAAACUCCGUACACAGUCCUUUCAAGAUUCACUCAGACAGUGUGAAAGAUAAUUACAAAUUAUAUUCUUGAACUCAUUUCUAAUCAAACAGAUUAGCAUAAGUAUUAAAGUGAAAUAUGAAUAUGUCUAAACUACAAAGAAUGUUCAUUGAAGCCAAUUUGGUUUUAGUAAAAGGGUGAAGACAUUAAAAUGUAUCUCCCCAAAUGACAAAAUGUUUGCACUUUGUGUUUCCACUGGUAUAAAUCUUUUUCUUUCUUUGCACUCUAGGAUAAUUGUGUUUAAAUAAGUGCUGGACCCUUCUUAAGUCAUUUAAAUAUGUUUUCAUCAUUUGCAGAGGAUCACUGGACAUCAGAAGUUUCAUUGCACAUACAAACAAAAUCUUUUUUCAAUUUCUAUGUAAUUUGCAAGGCUGUACAAUGUGUGCUGAUGCAAGCCUUUUUUCAGUUCGAGAAAAUAAAUGUUUACAAAUACAAA